AUGACAACAAGUAGCGUUAAUCAUUUAACUGCAAUCAAAGUGCAGAUUUUAAUCGACUUCCUCCAUCUUGGAACCUUCAGCAUCAGCAUCGUCUUCAAGCGGAGGCAUCUCUGCAUCACCUUCAACGGCUUCAUCUCCUCAAUGCUCAAGUCCAAGCUUCAACAUCCUGUGGAUUCUGCUCCCGAAAGUGUUGGGCUCGUCGAGGCUGAAACCAGAAGUGAGAAGAGCAGUCUCAAAGAGAAGAAGAACAGAUCCUUCACGGACUUGUCGUUCUUGUCCGCUUCAGCUCUCUUCCUCAGCUCGUCCAUGAUCGAGUUCUCUGGGUUGAUCUCCAUCGUCUUCUUGCUCGACAUGUAG